UGUGACUGAGGAGUUGUGGACUUACGACAGUUGGGACGUUGUUGGUAACAUAGUGGCAUUCUGCAGUAUUAUUACGUAUUUGACAUUAUUAGAGAAAGUUGUUGGCAAGGAGAAUGUUUAAAAAGAACAAAGGAAAUAACGCGUUCUAUUUCUUUAUGCUCGACUGGAAAAAAGACCAAGAAAAGGCUGGAAGGGUAUUUCCAAAUGGUCUAAAAGAUGUUUCUAGGGACCCUCAAUGUAGCGAAGAAUGGCAGAAUAUAUCGUCUCAAGCCAAAGGAUACUACAAUGCAAAAGCAAAAGACAGCAAAAUUCAAAGCCAAGUAUCAAUGUCUAAGAAAAACACAAUUGGACAAAGCAUAGAUGAGGUCAUGCUGGCUGAAAAAAAGGAACAAGAGUUCCAGCAACAUAUGUUUCAAUACAUUGAUUCUUUAAUUUCUAUUGGUACUCAGCAUAAAAACUUGGAUAAGCUGAAGUUCUUAUUUAUACACGUGAAUUGGUUUUACAAAAGAGACAUAGGAAUUAACAAGUACGACUUCUGUCCUGCUGAAUUUGCAGUGGGGUCAUUCAGUCUAAAGAACGGUAUUGAAGACAUAUAUCAUGAAAUCAUUAGUGUGCAAAUUCCAUUAGGAUGGAAAAGAGAUGCAAUGGAAACUAGUGCAGAGACACAUAAAAUAAAUAUAAAUAUGCCAGAUGGGCAGAGUGAUUUUGCAUAUAUGUAUGACAAACUGGUUAGAGUUCUAGAAUCCAAUAUGACUGGAAAUAAAUUUCCUCCUCUGUUUACUAUGAAGGAUUUAGCUCCUGCUGUAGAAUCAUUACUAAAUAGAAUGACUGAAGCUACUAACACGAGCAUGGAUGACUUUGUAAUAUAUUCGCUAGAAGCACUGUUCGGCGCAUUGCGAAAUGCUGUUGCACAAAACGUGAACGAUAGAAGUGUUCCUCUCGUAGUUGCAGAACAUGAAUUUCGAACAGAUUUCUUUCUUUUUACUUAUGGCCUUGGAUGCCCCUUUCAUAAUAAUAUAGAAGAUGCAUCACAAUAUUGCAGUAUGUCUUUUAUAAAAAGAUGGUGCUUCACAAUAUGCGAUCAUUGCUGUCAAUAUUUAAAUAUACCACUGAUUGAGGGUGUUCAUUGCCCUAAGAAGAAACCAGACUAUAAUUCUACUAAUUCAACCAGUAUCGAUUUUCAAAUGAAAAACCUAUCUAUCAACAGUGACGUCGUAGGUGUUUCUAUGACCGGAGUAAGCGCGAACUACAGAACAAAAGUAUCCGAACGUACUUAUAAAGAAGAACAACAACGACGUAAUGAAUGCAAACCAUUACAAUUAAUUAAUCACGAUACUGAGUUACCUCCACGACCAUUGCGACUUCCUAACACAACGUGUAAAUAUGCCGAUACAGAUUCUAGUGUAGAUUUAGACGAUUUCCCACCACUUGGAGGAGCAACGAUCGAACAAAAAUGUAAGAUAAAUCAUAAACAUCUGUUGGGAAAAGGCCGUGGAAAAUGUUAAGGUGUAAAAAGUACAUGAUAUCUACAACAAUAAUUUUGACGAGAUCUAUGAUUAUCAAUAUUUUAUUUUUGUAUGUAAUUUAAUUUUGUUAAGAAAUCACGUAAGAAAACAUUACUAGUAUUGUUAUUGUGCGUCAUAUUAUCUAGCUGAUAAAUACAUUAAGAAGAUAAAUGUCAUAUAACAUUAUUACAUAUCUGUUAUC